AUGGAAGUCUACAUUCAAAUGAUAGGGUGGCAUAAAUUGGCAAUACCGUCUAGUUUGCGUUUGUUCGUAAAUGGAGAAUUUACACUCAUUAAUUGUGGGGAAAAUAAUCAAAGGUUUUUGAAUGAACAUAAAAUGCACAUAGCUAGAAUAAAGAAUAUAUGUUUUACAAAAAUAAGCCCUGAAACAAUCGGAGGACUAAUUGGUCUACUUUUAACAAUAGAUAAUAUUUCAGAUAACUCUAUUUCAAUUUAUGGCCCUAAACCAAUAGAACGAAUAAUUAAUAAUUUUACUAGCUCUUUUGCAAAAAUUAAGAAUUUAAAAAUAACUAUCCAUGAAUUUUCGGAUAAUAAUAUAUUCCCAAUUAUUCUAAAAGGAAAUGUAAUUAUAACACCAAUUUUACUUAAUAAAAAAAAUGUAAUUACCACAAAGCACGAAACAGACACAAUUCAAAAUUGUGAACAAACUGUUCUCGAUAAAAGAAAAAAAAUGAAUGAAGUAAGUAAUACCCAUGAUAACGAAUUGAAUAAUGUAUAUAAAAACAAAAAUGGAGAAAUAGGAGAAAAUUUAUCUCCCAAAGAAACUAAUUCGAAUUACUUGAAAAAAAGAAAAUUAAAUGUACCUGAAAUUGAACAUGAAGAAGCAUAUGAAAGUAAAACAGAAAUAGUGAAUGAUAAUAGUGACAAUGGGAAAAUUGAAAAAUAUAAAGAAGACCUAGAUAGAGAUUCCAAUAAAAUAGACAAUACAAAUAACAAUAUCACGAAUUCUACAGAGAUAGAGAAAAAUAGUAGUAUGAAACAAUGCAUUUUUUAUUUAAUUGAAUGUCCACAAACUAUUGGUAAAUUUCAUGUUGAAAAGGCACAGAAAUUAAACAUUCCUCCUGGGAAAUAUUACGGAAUGCUGAAAUCUGGAAAAUCUGUUACUAUAAAUAAUAAAAUAAUAAACCCUGAAGAUGUGUGUGAUAAAAAUAUAGAUGGUAAAAAAUCAUUAGUUAUUGAUUUAUCAGAUACUGAAUAUAUAGAUUGUGUAAUUGGAGAAAUUAAAAAUAAAGAACAUUUUUAUUUAAAUAAUUUAGAAUAUAUUUUUCAUUUGUCUGAUGAAAAAAUUCUGAGUAAUAAAACAUACAAAGAUUAUUUUUUAAAAUUGAAGAAUAUAAAAAAUAUUAAAUGCAAUCAAUCUAAUAGUUCAUUAAAAAUAUGCCCUUUUAUUUCUUCAUCAUCAUUAACCAACAUUCUUUCAAAAUUAAUGCCAAAUAUUUUCUUAAAAUAUAAGCCAGAUGACCCCAUAUAUGAAUUAUCUUCAAAGAUGUUGAAUAAUUAUAGUGAUGAAAAAGGUUCGAAUUCAUUUAAAAACACAAAUAAUGAUAGCAAUUCUAUUCUUAAUGUGAAUUUUAAAAAUGAAGUGGAAUGUAAAAAUGCCGAUAAUUCAUUUACAAAUGAAGAUGGAAUUGCAAGUUUUGAAGAAAAUACGAAUAAAAAUUAUAAUCAAAAAGUAAUAAAUAGCAAUGAGAAUAAAGAAGAAUAUACUACUUAUUUGUCUUAUAAUACUUUGACAAAAUUUGUUCUACACCCAUUUCAUAAAAUAAAUAUUUGUACAGAUGAAAUGUUGACUGAUUUAUAUCCAUCUACUUUUAAUUCUUCCAAAAUUUCGAAUUUUACACACGAAAAUGAUAAUUUAAUGAAACCCAUUUGGGAUUUUAAUAAAAAACUAAAUGAUAAUGCUACUAUGUUACCUUCUUUUUAUUUUCUUGGAACUGGAUGUUCAAUACCAUCGGCAUUUCGUAAUGUAUCUGGUAUUAUUUUAAAUAUUCAAAAAGAUUUUAGCGUUAUCUUAGAUUUUGGCGAAGGGUCCUUAUAUCAACUAUACUGGAUAAGUAAAUCAUGGAUCCAAUUUACAGAAUCCAUAAAAUCUAUAAAAGUGAUAUUCAUUUCUCAUGCACAUGCCGAUCAUCAUGUAGGAAUUUAUUAUUUCUUAUACAUUCGGAAAAUGAUAUUUCCGAAUUUAGAUCCACCAUUGAUAUUAAUUCCUAAAACAUUAAAGAGUUGGAUGAAUUUAUUUAACGAGUUAUUUCUUGAUAUAGAGAUGAGGAUUAUUUACAAUGAAAAUGAUUUAGAGAUAAAAGAAAUAAUUAGUGAAGAUAAUUUUUUAACUCUCCAUCUUUUUAAGGUUAAUCAUAUUAAGGAAUCAUAUGGGAUAAAAAUUGAGAGCAAAGAUAUUGGUUCUAUUGUUUAUUCUGCGGACACACGACCAUGUGACAACGUCAAAAGAUUUGCAAAGGAUUGUAACAUUUUAAUACAUGAAGCUACAUUUGAUGAUGAACUAUUGGUCGAAGCCAUUAACAAAAAACAUUCAACAAUCCAUGAAGCUAUGCAAAUUAGUUUAGAUGGUAAUUGCAAAACUUUAAUAUUAACACAUUUUAGCCAGAGAUACCCUAAGGCCCCUAUACUAAAUAAAUCAUCAUCUGCCGAGAUUAAUGAAAUUAUGAAUAAAACAAUUUAUAGCUUCGAUUAUAUGUGUAUUCCUUUAAAUUUAACAAAAGAGCUACCAACGUGCUUCAAUAUUUUAUUAAAUUUAUUAGAAAAAUUAUUUUAA